AUGAGCCGCUCGAGGUCAUCCUCGAGGUCCAGGCACCGACACUCGAGCUCAGACUCCUCAAGCUCGUCGGCCUCAUCAAGGGAGUCGGAGAGAAGAUCACGUUCUCAGUCCAGUUCGAGCUCACCUUCGCGCGAAGGGAGCACAGAUCGAAAAGAGGGACUGAGCUACGUAUCGCCACUAGCUCCACCACCGCCGGACUGCCGCAUCCCCAGGAAGCACGAGUUCCGCUCUGCCAGGGACGAGGUCCCCGCACCUCCCGCCGUGCCCCAGAAGACACUUCGUGUAAGGGUGUCCAUAACAGAGCAAGCUCGAGAACGCUUCGACACGCUAGCCGCAGGAGUGCCGCUCAGCAAUGCCGAGAGAUCCUCACUGCUGAGGGAGUUACCUCUAGUCGCUUCUCUUUUCGGAGAGGUCCCGGCAAUCGACGAACAAUUGCCUCGAGACAGCGACCGCGCCAUUUUAGUCAGGGAACCGGAGCUGCGCACCCUGCACGAAACGCUACUCAAUGUCCUCAACAUUGUCGAGUUGGUCAGGAAGCUCGGCGCAGAUGGCCAGGGCGGCACAUUCGCUGCUCCAGUGAUUGGAUAUUUUGAGAUCCUGGACACACUCGUAUCAGGAUCGCUUAUGGACUUGAUCGUUCUCAGAAGAGAACGGUUUCUCAAAGCCUUGGGAGUCGAACCAAGAAGAGCGAUGCCAUCAUAUCGCAGAUUGCCGUUAGCAGGCUCUACCAUGGUGCACCGCAUGCGCCAGACUCUUAUCCCGGACCUAUUCGGGAAAGAACUCCGAGACGAACUAGCUGCAGGGGACUCAGCAAUCACGAAGUCGUUGCAGAAGCUGAGAGCCAGCGCAAAAAAGAGGAAGGCCACACCUCCACGCCAGAUAAGGAACAGGUGGGCGUAUUCUUAUCCUUUUUUGCCUCGUUCGUUACCUUUAGGAGUUUCUGAUACAAUACUUGACUCCCACGGUGCCCAGGGGUCUAGCGAAGCGACCAUAAAAGAUCCGUACAUGUAUUCAAACCGCAUAGCUGGGAGGUUAGCAGACUUCGUAAAGUCAUGGGAAGGCUUCUCAGGAGACCCCUUCAUUCUGGAAUCCAUCAAAGGAUAUCGAAUCCCCUUCGGGAGACGCAAACCGUGCCUGGCCCUCCCCACCCAUCUCUCUCAAAUGACAACCAGAGCCCUUUCAGAGGAGCUAGAUUUGCUCAGAGAGAAGGGAGCGAUAGAAAGGGUCCCCACAAACACGAAGGUUUGGGUGUCUUCACUUUUCGGGAUCCCCAAGAAGGAUGGUUCAACAAGGCCCAUAAUCAACCUGAAGCCACUCAACGCUUUUCUUGAAAUCCCACAUUUCAAGAUGGAAAAUUUGCACUCUGUGUCAGAUGUAGCUUACAAGGGGGAUUUCCUGGCCAAGAUUGAUAUGAGAGAUGCGUACUUUGCGGUCAAUAUCGCAGCGGAUCACAGGAACUACCUCGCCUUUUGGUGGAACCGAAACCUCUACAGAUUCACUUGCCUACCUUUUGGGCUAGCAACGGCACCCUAUGUGUACACCAAAUUAAUGCGAGUAGUCGCGGCCCACUUCCGGGAGCGCGGAAUAAGAGUAAUUCACUACUUGGACGAUUGGGCUGUGUUUGCAAACACAGAGGAAGAGUGCAGGAGCCAUAUUGCGUAUGCCAUUCAGAUAUUUGAGCACCUAGGUCUCUGCAUAAAUCACGCUAAAUCCCAAUUGGUCCCCACUCAGGAGCUGGAAUUCUUAGGCCUCAUCAUAGACGCAAGGCUCGGUGAAUUCAGAAUCCCUCCCAAAAAGUUAGACCGAAUACGGUCAGAAGCCUCGUCCAUUGCUCAGAGAGGAGCGAUAUCAGCAAGGGAGCUCGCGGCCUUCCUUGGGCGCAUCAAUUUUAUAGCAUUGGCAUCGCCUUAUUCCACGUACAUGACCCGGCGCCUACAGCGUGAGAUGAUAAAAUGCUUGGACCCUCUCAAUAGUGACUCGUUUGAGAACUUAAUACCAUUGAGGGGGGAGACGCUCGCGGAUAUGCUGUGGUUUCGUGACAAGCUCGAUGCCUACGCCAGUCACCCGUUUACGCUUUUCUCUCCAGACAUCACCAUAACAACAGACGCCUCGAAGGCAGGCUGGGGAGCGAUGUGCAACGGUAGAGGCACAGGCGGUAGGUGGACCGAACAAGAGGCAGCUCGCCACAUUAACGUGUUAGAGCUACAAGCAGCGUUCUUCGGUCUGCAAGCCUUUGGUAAUCAGUGGAGGGACACUAGUGUUCUCUUAGAGAUGGAUAACACGUCAGCAAUUUCCUAUCUUAAGCGCAGAGGUGGCACGACAAGUGAAGAGUUAUCGGACCUAGCGCAACAGAUAGGGUCGUGGUGUUGGGAAAGGAGGAUACGCCUUCUCGCAACACAUAGACCGGGUGAACAAAAUCUAUUAGCUGACACCGAGUCAAGAUCGUUCACCAGAGAAGUAGCUGAGUGGUCCUUAGAUAGUUCAGUGUCACAGCAAAUAUUCUCGCACUUGGGCAGGCCUACGGUAGAUCUGUUUGCUUCAAGACUAAACCACAAAUUGAAGCCUUAUUUCUCACUGAAUCCUGAUCCAGGUGCUGCCAAAGUAGACGCUUUCGCGCACAAAUGGUCGGCGACCUUCGGAUACGCUUUUCCGCCAUUCAAUCUAAUCGGACGAGUACUCCGGAAAGCAGUCCGAGAUGGCGCAACGUUGAUACUCGUGACUCCGCUAUGGAGAACACGCAGAGCGGCCGCCAGUCCUGCUCAUAUGCGAGAGCCGACCGUUACUGACCAACGCUCAGGGGCAGGAGCACCCUCUACUAUCGCAAAAGAACUUCAAGUUGCUAGCUUGGAGGAUCUCGCCACAUCCUGGGCCUCUGCUGGGUGCAAUAAACAGGCAAUCAAUACUCUCCUGGCCAGCUGGGCUCCAAGUACUCGGCGACAGUACGCCUCCUCUUUGAGCAAGUGGCAUGAAUAUCUCUUACACAGAGAACCUAAACAAGAAGCUGUUUCCCAUAUAACCUUGUGCAACUUCCUAGCAACCUUGGCGGAUAGAGGUCUCAGCUACUCAUCAGUAGCGUCGCACAAGGCAGCCAUUACCACGGUCUCAGAUCUAUUAUUUGGAACCUCGUGGGGAGAGAACCCGUUGGUUACGCGGUUCAUGAAGGGCCUCUUUCGAAUUAAUCCUCCCAAGGCUAGGUAUUCCGCUACGUGGGAGGUCGACAAGGUGUUGAACUACAUCACCAACCUUGGUCCAAAUUCGCGGUUGCCCCUGAAACAGCUCACUCUCAAGCUCACCAUUUUACUAGCGUUAUGCUCGCCCAAACGAGUGUCAGAGAUAGCUUCCUUCUCCUUGCGAAGCCUUCAAAGGAGUGCUCACCAAUGGGUGUUCUUUAUAGACUAUCGAAAUAAGAACAGGAGAUUUGGACCCCCUCAGUCAGCGGUGUACGAAGCAUACUUAGCUAACAGUCUCCUUUGUCCCGUCAAAACACUAGAGCAAUACCUCGCAGCGACAGAGAAACUCCGCGGCGGGGAGCAGACACUGCUGCUUUCGUACGCAUCGCCUCAUAGACCAAUCUCGUCGGCCACCGUGGCACGGUGGAUCAAAAUGGUUCUGGUUGAAGCUGAUGUAGGGGACGGCUUCGCAGCUCAUUCCACGCGUUCCGCUAGUACUUCUAAGGCAUACAAACAGGGCCUGUCACUAGAGACGAUAAUGAGAGCGGCGGCUUGGGCUCCUGGGUCCUCUACGUUCCAGGACUUCUAUCGUCGUGAUGCUAAAAGAGAAUCGUAUCAGAAAUCGAUCCUGAGACGCAGCAGCAAUAAGGAGAGUCAAACGGCGAACGAGAAAACAGCAAACUGGAGGCGAAAGAGAUCUCCGGAAGCAAGAGAAAAGCCCACCACGCCACGUUCCACCGUCAAAAAGUCCAAAAACAGGACCGAUUGA